UCUGAAAGAACUCAUUCGUUCAAGAUUACCCUGUUGUUUACUUACUUUUUGAGCGUGACAACAGACAGAAACCCGCUUUUGCUCGUUUCUGGGGUUGUGUUACGUCCGUGAGUGACAGAAUUCAUAGUCACCAAGCAACUGAGGAUGGCUAUGGCGGAUGCGUGGCUCAAAUCUAACACAGCUUCAUCAAGACUCUUUCCUUCCCACGAAUUGAUCCAGUUUCAGGUCAGAAUGCGUUUGCAGCAGGGAGCCAGCUUCGAUGGGAUAGUUGCUGGAGAGCCAAGUUGUUUGUAAAGCUUUGGUACUCUUGAGGUGCUUUUCGGGUUUGCUGGUUUUGAUGGGUUUUUUGUUUGAAGAAUGUUGGCCUUUCGAAUGGAGAUUUUAGGUUAUGCGACAUUCCACGCAUAGCGCCGACACAAGAGCUGUUGUGUAGGGUGUGGAGUCCGGAAACGGCUCGUGGGAGUGAUGCCUGGCAUGUUCUGGUUUGAUAUCAUCAGGUAAAUUUUUGAAUUCUAUGCGGGUGGCUGCCUCCAGGUUGUGCCGAAAUCUGUAAUUGUGUAUGCUUCACAAGAAUGGGGCGUGGUAGAUUUCUCUCACGGAAACAGGACGAGCCCGCAAAGGCACAACCAGAUGAAGAGUCAACAAAACUCAAGAAUCCUUUUGUCCAAUUAGGGUUAGCAUUGAAGAAUUUGCAGAAGCUAACACCACAGCCUCUGACAAGUUCCUCAAAAUCUGAAGCCAAUGUUCCACGACGACCUUUAGUCGACAUCAAUGAGGUACGGAGCAUCGUUAGAAAGAAAUUGGCAAUAACAAAGGAGAUUUCGACCAUUCCCAUCCAAAGCUCUAAUCAUUCUUUCCAUGGAGCUGUUCAGCAGCACAGAGCAGAUGCUGAUAGUUCCACAGAGACGACGCACGUGUGGUCUGAGCAUUCCUAUUCCUCAAAUGAGUCUUCUCUUCCAGCACAUGAUGCUAAGUCAGGAACUAGACCAUUUGACAUUGGGACAGUGGGGCAUUCUAUUUUAGAAGUGAACGAACCACGUCGAGGUUCAACUUUAUCUUCAGCUGGAAUGCAGCCACCAUCUACUCCAGGCGCAGAGAGAAGCGAAACAAGGCAAGCUUGGACUUCAGCUGGAACGGAGCCAUCAAGCAGCAUCAGAUUCGAGGUGAGCGAUUUGUCUUCAGGUGAAAUGGCGGAACAAUCCACCACGGUUUUAGAGAUGAGGGAACCAACUGGAGCGAAUCAACCGUCGACUAUUAGUUUAGAGCUGGAUGAUUCACGUGGGGCUCCGUCUUCAGCUGGAAUGGAGCAGCCGACAAUCACAUAUACUUGGAGCGUCGAACCACCGGCUUCAGAUGUGGAUGGAGCUCUGUUAGACAUGAAAGACGUGCAGGAAUUUGUUGCCAGUGUAGUGCAGGUCGUGAAAAGAUUUGAGAAUUGGGGCUUGCCUCAAACUUCUUGGGAGAACAAAAUGCCCUGGCAUUCGCCUCCGCCGAAGAUCCUUGCCAAGGGUUUGCAGCGACCGCCCCAAAGCUUUGCGUCAGAUCAGGAGAGACUAGCAUUCAAUCGAAAUGCGAGGAAGCGGAAUAAGUUCCUCACUGGGUGCCCCCCAACAUGGUCCUUCAUGGUUGCAAAUCUACUUCUGAUUGGAUUCCUUGUCUCCAACCCAUUUGGCUGAAUUGAAAACCAACUCCCAUUGAUUCACUGCAGUUUGGUUAGCAAUCCUUGACUUCUCAUUUCAUUGCA